CGGCUGCGCGGUGGCGUCGGGGCAGCCAGCGGCAGGGCGGGGCGGUGGGCCUCAAGCGACGCCGGGCGCGGGGGCUGGUAAAGCCCCGUCGUUGCUCUUCUGCUUCGUGUCUCGACUCUCCGGCCUUGGGUUCCUUUCGCCUUUUCCGCUCGGAGGCCAUGGAUGCGCGGGCUCGUGCGAAGCGCUACGAGAAACUGGACUUCUUGGGGGAAGGGCAGUUUGCUACUGUGUAUAAGGCAAAGGACAAGGUCACGGGGCAGAUCGUUGCUAUCAAAAAGAUUAAAUUGGGACACCGAUCAGAAGCUAAAGAUGGAAUCAACAGAACAGCUCUCAGAGAGAUAAAGUUGUUGCAGGAACUAAGCCAUCUGAAUGUUAUUGGUCUUUUAGAUGCAUUUGGACACAAAUCCAAUAUUAGCUUGGUGUUUGACUUCAUGGAAACAGACCUUGAGGUUAUUAUAAAGGAUACUAGUAUUGUGUUAACACAAGCUCACAUCAAAGCCUACAUGCUGAUGACACUGCAAGGAUUAGAGUAUUUACAUCAACAAUGGAUUCUGCACAGGGAUCUUAAACCAAAUAAUUUGCUGUUAGAUGAAAGCGGUGUUUUGAAAUUGGCUGACUUUGGCUUGGCAAAAUCUUUUGGAAGCCCAAACAGAGUUUACACACACCAAGUAGUAACAAGAUGGUACCGAUCCCCAGAACUACUGUUUGGUGCUAGAAUGUAUGGUGUCGGUGUUGACAUGUGGGCUGUUGGUUGUAUUCUAGCCGAGCUGCUUCUCAGGGUUCCUUUCUUGCCAGGAGACUCUGAUCUUGACCAGUUAACAAGGAUUUUUGAAACACUGGGCACUCCAACAGAAGAACAGUGGCCUGGAAUGACAAGUCUUCCGGAUUACGUCACAUUUAAGUCUUUCCCUGGAAUGCCUCUUCAACAUAUCUUCAGUGCAGCUGGAGAUGAUUUACUUAGUCUUCUACAAGGAUUAUUUACAUUUAAUCCUUGUUCUAGAGUUACAGCCACUCAGGCAUUGAAACAGAAGUAUUUCAGUAAUCGACCAGGACCCACUCCAGGAUAUCUGCUACCCAGACCCAACUGUGCUGCAGAAGCUGUAAAGGAGCAACAACACACACUUUUGAAUUUAAAAAGGAAACGAGGAGAGGGAGUAGAUCAAGAAGGCAGCUGUGGUUUAUUCUAUCAAGAUUAUAAAUAAGCAGUGCAUGAAUAAAUUAGAGGACAAGAGGUGCAUUAUGCUAAUGCAGAAGUGCUGCUGCCCUCAUUUCUGCAGUUGAUACUAACAGAAAUGUGGUUGAAGGUAAGUCACAGACUUAAAGAGCUGUUACCUCCUAAAGACAGUUCUGCUGGGUACUGACUGUGUGUGAAAAAGAUCACUCAUCAUUACCCCUUUACUGUGCUAACAAUGUGAUUUGAUUUACACUUUUCAGGACUACCAAAAAAAUUGGUUUUUUGAUUGCUGUGGAUGGUGGAUGAAAAUGAGAGCUGAAGUGACCUGAGUCCCAGCCAUGAAAAACUCUGUAAUAGUCACUGGAUGGUUAUUUUUAGAAUAUAUUAAUACGUAAGACGUGAACGUAAUAUUUUAUUAAUACAACUGAAGCUUUUAAUUUUUUUUUAAAUAAAAUGCUGCUUAAA